AUGCGUGUCACCGGGGAUUUAGGGUUUUCGAACCUAAUCCUUGUGGUGGUUUGUGUGGUGUUGCCGGUGAUUGGUUUUGUAAUUCGCCGGAAAUGUCAGGUUGCGGUGGCUAGGAAUGAGGAGAUCAAGAGGCUUUUGAUUUUGGCUGCUGAGGAAACUGAGAGGGUUGAGAGAGAGGCGUUAUAUGUGUCUGCUCCGGUGGUUUUUGCUACUGCUAACAAUUAUCAAUGUGCUCUUUGCUAUUUUCCUGCCACUGCGCGGUGUGCUAAGUGCAAAUCCGUUCGCUACUGUUCUACUCAUUGUCAAACAGUUCAUUGGCGUCAAGGUCAUAAAUUGGAAUGCCAUCCUCCCAGCAAAACACAUCAUAGUGAUGGCGAAAUAAGUGGUAUUGACAAGAGGAAAGUGGAGCAAGAUUACUCUAGUAUCCAUGAGAAAUCUGAAAACAGAGAGGAAAAUUUAGCAGAUACUAAUUCUGAAUUAUCUAGUAACUCAUUUUCUGGAUUUUCGGCUUCCCCAAGUUCUAGUGAUUCAUCUGAUGAUUCAUCUGUCUGUGAGAGUAUCGUCUCAAAUGAGCAUGACCAAUCAGAGGGACAUACUUCUUUUGUUCCCACCCUUGUCAUAACUGAUAAAACCACAAGCAAUAGCAAUGUGGAUGCAGCAAUCUCUUCUUCUCCAAAGUUUGCUAGUUUGCUUGAUUCAGUUGGUGGUUCUUCUACAGUUCAUAAAUUAAAUCAUAUCACAUCUGGUUCUAGUAAAGGAGAGAGGAAACUUGCAUCUAAUGGUGCUUCAGGCUCAAGCGUGUUGAAGGGUGUGAAAAUUGAGCCUUCUGGAUUCUGGGAUAAAGCUCUUGAUUCAGGAGGGAUUAAAGAUAACACUAAUAAUAAAACUUAUCCAUCCCAUUCUGAUGAAUCCACUUGUGGCAAGGCUGAUUCUGGAUUGUCAUUCCGCUUUCAAUUCGGCACCAUGUCUCCUUUGCAUGUACGUGAUACUGAGGCUAAGGAAUCUUUGCCUAAUGACACUCUUCCAAACUCUGUUGGGAAGAAUAUGCCACAUCCAGGAUCAGCGUCCUCUGAGAACAACAACAUGAAUUCUUUAAAGGGGAGGAACCUCUCAUUCACCAAUGGAGAUCCCAAUUUUAUAAGCAAAACUCGCAGUGGUUCUGGAUCUUAUCAAUUGGAAUCUAAAGAUAGCUCUGAGCCACCUCUGCAUUCCUUUUCCUCCCAAUCCUCCAGUCUUGGCAAAGAUCCAGGUUCUGCAGAUACUAGGAGCAUCCUUAACUUGCAACCAUCUGGCUCUGUGGCAUCAAAUCAUGUCGUGGACAACCAUGGCUUCUCCUCUAAGUCCGUCAUUGUUUUAUGCAAGACAGAUGAGCUUGCUGAUUCUGAAUUAGCUUCUACAAAUGAAGGACAUUCACAGCCAAGUACAAAACAUAGAAAUAAUGACAUUAAAUAUGGGACUGCCACUUCUUCUCAUAUUAGCUAUUCUGCAAAUUCUAAGAGUGGCUUAAAAACAUCUGUUUUGAAAGUCGUUGAUCAGAUUAGAGGAUCAAAUUUGUCAAAGCACACUCCUUUAGCCCUUGGGAGUGACAUUGCUGGAAAAUACAAUGAUAAGGGUCUUUUUCCAUAUGAAUCAUUUGUCAAGCUUUAUAACCACAACAAGGUGGAGUUGCGCCCGUUCGGUCUCAUAAAUUGUGGAAACAGUUGUUAUGCUAAUGCUGUAUUUCAGUGCCUAGCUUUUACUCCACCCUUAACUGCUUAUUUUCUUCAAGGACUACAUUCUAAAUCAUGUGCAAAUAAAAAAUGGUGCUUCACUUGUGAAUUUGAAAGUUUGAUUUUGAAGUCAAAGGACACAAAAUCCCCACUAUCUCCAAUGAGUAUACUUUCUCAAUUACAGCGUAUUGGGAGUCAGCUUGGCAAUGGCCAAGAAGAAGACGCACAUGAAUUUAUAAGACAUGCUAUUGACACAAUGCAAUCUGUUUGCCUUAUGGAAGCUGGGGUUAAUGCACCGGGUUCAUUGGAAGAGGACACUACUUUAAUGGGUCAAACAUUUGGAGGAUACCUUCGUUCAAAGAUAAAAUGCAUGAAAUGUGGUGGAAAGUCCGAGCGUCGGGAAAGAAUGAUGGAUCUAACUGUUGAGAUAGAAGGGGAGAUAUCAACACUUGCAGAGGCCCUUCGACGUUUUACAAGCACUGAGACUUUGGAUGGAGAAAAUAAGUACCACUGUGUCAGAUGUAAAUCUUAUGAGAAGGCCAAGAAGAAGCUGACAAUCUCAGAGGCACCCAAUAUUCUUACAGUUGCAUUAAAGAGAUUUCAGUCUGGAAAAUUCGGGAAGCUCAACAAGCCUAUUCAAUUUCCUGAAAUACUUGAUCUUGCGCCUUUCACGAGGCACUAUGUCUGCUACUUGAAGAAUAUUCAAAACAAGUGGUUCAAGGUUGACGACAGUGUGGUGACAGCUGUUGAAGUGGAGAGAGUCUUGACAAAAGGAGCAUAUAUGCUUUUUUAUGCAAGGUGCUCUCCAAGGGCCCCUAAAUUAAUUAGGAACAUGAUACUAUCCCCAGAUUCAAAAAGUAAGGUCAAUGGAAAGUCUCCUACAACGAAAGCAAGAUACGUGUCGUCAAAUUCUGGUGCAGCUGAACCCAUCAGUAGUUCAGUUUCUUCAAACAGCUCACCCACCAUGGAGUCUUUCUAUUCAAGUACUGAUAGUACCCGUGAUUCAACUAGCAUGGACGACUUCUCCGACUAUAUUUUUGGUGAUUCAGGGCAUGGAUGGAGUAGCCCGUGGAGGACUUCUGAUUCUGACUCGUCCUCAUCCUCUCCCUUGAAUUACAGACAUUCACCUCUAUCAGACAUGGACAAGUAUGAUUCAGUGUCUCCAGAUACAACUAGUUUGCGAAUUCCCACAGGAUUUAACCAUUCUAAUGAUAAGAACUCUGGUGUAUCGAGUAGAAAGUCGAGGAAAAGAACGGAUUGA